AAAAGACAGUGUAUUCCUAACGUUUUAAAGUUAGAUAGGUUCAAGAAAAGCUGAGGCAAACAGAAAACAUUACGGCGCAACUUUAUGAGAUCUAGUCUACAUUCUCCACUAUGAAGGGCUCUAAAGCAGCAAAGCAGACCUCCAAUCAAGGGGAAUGUGGUGUUUGGCUGGACACUGUGCAGCUGAAAGGAAAAGCUAAACAGAAACGUUUUGCCCGCCCCAUUUCUAAAUUGCUGAAUCCUUUGGCCAAUGGUGGAGGAUACAGUUUAGCUGUGGCACUCAACUUCACUCAGACCAAAAUGGAAAUGCCAAAGACUAAACAGAGCUCUAUAUCAACCUUUUUCACCCCUCACCGAAGAGUCCUCAAUAAGAUGUCAACUUCUGAAGUGCCCGACAUCAAUCCAGUGCAGUGUUUUUCAUCAUCUACAUCCACAACUGUAGCAUCUGGGAGAAAACGAGGACGUGAAAUGUAUCUUGAAAAGUCUGACUCUGAGCCUGCUGUGGAUGAUGAGUGGAAAAAUGAAAAUGUGACAGAGACGGAAGAAAUGCUGCAGCAGAGGCAGACAGCAAGUCAUUCUCCUCUACAAAACUAUGAAUCUGAAGAAGAGAGGCGUGAGGAGUGUAAACCACCACAGAGUAAGAGGAGGCUCACUGAUGCCUCCUCAUUGCCAGGUGAAAGUCAACCUCUUCCACAAGCGUGGAGUCAGGACCCACUGCUCACCUACAGCCAGUAUUAUGACGAUGAAUUUAACCUAACUAACCAAGAAUGCACUGCAGCAAAGAGUUUUAGCAGCUCUGAGCCAAGUUUCCUUAACAGUCUACAGAGUGAGGUGGACUUUGGAGGUCUGAGGGAUGUGGAAGGAAGAACCUCAACUCAAAAAUCCUUUAAACAUCUUCAUUCUUCUCAGAUGGAUGAUGAGAAAGAAAACAGCUGGUCACUGUCUUGUAAUUCCCCAGUUAAACGCUCACCGUCCUCUUAUUUCGGACCUCUUUCUAAUCAUAAGUGGACAGAACCAAAAGUUGCUUCACCUCGAAAACACAUCAGCCAACUGUGGAAAAAGUCUGCAAAAGAAGACAUUCUUGACUCGCAGAUUAAGUGGACGAAACCAAGCAGCUCUCCUCUUAAAAAACGAGCAGCGCAGCAGCGAAGCAGGGAGGAAGAUGAGGACAAUUGGGCCACGUUGUUUACUCAGGACUCUGAAGGCUUCAGGGUGAUCGCACAUAGAGGUCUGCAAACCAGGAGUCCGUUUAAAGAUCAGAGUAAUGUGAGAACUAGUGCUCAUAGAUCUCUGGUGGAGGAGGAAGAGGAGGACGAGAUGCUCUUCACUCAAGACUCUCAAGGAAACGUUGUCAUCAAGCACUGAAAAGCAGCUUUUACAUGUCGUACACAUUCCAGACCUCCUCCUGUGUGGAUGUAGUCCAGCAAAUGUGGAUGUUGGUGGUGAAAAGCUGAAGUAUCUUUGUUCUUAAAUACACAAUUUGGAGAUGCAGUUUAUCAGCCUGACUAAAUACUCCUGUGAUUGUCUUUGUCACAUCUGUAGAUCGUUUGUACAUAUCCUGAGAUUUUAGUCUUUCUGCCUUCAUUGUUGGAACUUCUUUUCGCCAUGUUGUUUCUCCCUGUAUGUGUGUGUGGGUGUGUUUUUUUUUCUUCUCUUAUGCAAGAUAAAAAUUAACAAGCCGCAACUGGGGGGUUUUGACUUUAUUUGAAAAAGGAUACACAAUUACAAUGAAUGGUUUUCAUGUAAAUUAAAGUUUUUGAAAAGUAUUAGUGUUGAUCGUUGUUAUCUGUGCUAUGCUGGUGCCGUGUGCUGCAUCUUAGUACAAAACAGAGUGGUAUACACUGUGAU